AUGUCAAGUACAACAAAUCAAGAUACUGACUUGAAUUUAGAUGAAGAUGAAGUGAUUCAAGAUUGGUCAGACAUUUCAAAGAUUCAAAAUGAUAACCCCAUAUUAUCAAUACCAAAGAGAGGUGAAAAGGAUUAUGAACCGGAUGGUACUGAUAUUCAAGAAUUAAUGUUAUACAGGGCUAAGAAGGCAAUGUUUGACACUCUAGAGAAUUCCGUGCGAGGCUCUACAGUGAAAUCUCAAGUAAAAGGUUAUUACAUCCCCGACAAACAUGUGGCUAUGUUACCACAUGCAAAGGGGAAUUUUGUUCAAACAAUGGGGGAAACAGAUAAAGAUGGUACUUUAUGGUUACAUUUUUUUGAGUUUUUAUACUUAGCUGAAAGAGGUACAAUAACACCAUAUUGGAAAGCUUAUGGUGAUAACGUUGAAUUACCAUUAAGUAUUGAAGAUUUAUAUUCUUAUUUUAAAAACCAAAAAGAAAUGGACAAUUUUUCUAUUUAUGCUCAUUUGAAAAGAUUAGGUUUCAUCGUGAGAAGUUCAGAUCAAUAUAUUAUUACAAAGUAUAAUAUUUCGUUUUAUCCACCCCUCGAUUUUAAAUCAAAGACGAUAGGAUCCAUGAGAAAUAUCGUACACAGAAUCACAUCAUCUUUUACGUCCACAGGUAUUUCGUUAUUCAAUGGGAUUAUAUUCAGUCACUGGCAUUUUUAUUUAAAGAGAUACAAAUCGUCACCAGAGAUAUACGAGUCCCUAAACAAACUAAUUACACACCAAAAGAUUCCUCAUUCGAUAUCUGAUUUACGUUACGAACAUAAUAAUGUUAAGGAACAGUCAAGUUAUUCAACUCCAACGAGUUUGAAAAUUAGUUUUAAUAUAUGGAAACCUAAUCCUACAUUUAAAAAAAAAUACCCAGAAUUACCAGAUUAUCAAGUAGUUACAUACAAUAAAAAUGUAUCAAACCAAUCCUUCCCAACUUACAAUGAACUAAGAACUUUAUUUAAGUCCUUAGAUUAUAAAUUUAAUUUUAUCGAAGACAGUUCAAAUGUAGACUUUUGGAAUAAAAAUACUUAUAACAAUGGAAUUUUACGUGAAAACAUAUUGGACGAGUUAACUAAUCACCCCAGAAAUAAAAUCAAGAACACCGAACAAGUUGGAAAAAAACAAUCUGUCAACAAGAAAAAAACGCCCCGUAAGGAAUUACCACCACACAUUCAACAACUAAAAAGAUUAAAAAAUGGUUACCGUAGUUUCUUAUUAGCGAUAAUGGAUAAUGGUAUAAUAAGUUUUGCCAAAAUUUCAGAAGCUGAUUUCGGUUCUGAAAAUGUUUGGUAUGUACCUCCUCCUAAUGGUAUAGUAGCCAGGCCUAACCAAAACGGGAGAAAUAAAAAUAAGCACAGGAAUACUCAAAGAAAGGAAGACAAGCAAUCUAAAAAAUAA